AUGAAGACUCGAUUUCGGAAUUUCCAAAUGAUUCAAUAAUAAAAUUUCUUCCAUACUUUAUCAACGUUUUUAUUGAUAGAAUAAGCUUUUGUCAAAUUGGAAGUAAUUUCUGGAGUUCUUGAAAAAUAGAUGAAAAAGAAAUGUCGAAAAACAUUAUAACAUUAACAACUUAGAGAUUCCAAUAAUUUUGAUCUAUAAGGAGAAGCUAAAAAAUACCAGGUUUAAUUUGUCAUUAAUUCUUCUGUGGAGGAAUUGAUUACAUAGCUUCAUCAAUUAUUACAACCAGGAAAUUAAGAGAUAUUGCUCUUUAUAUAUAAUGGUACGGUUCUGAAUUCAAAAAGGUAUCUCAAGGAUUAUAAUAUAAUAAAAGAUAGCACUUUAUAAAUUAUAAUUAAACUCAAGGAGGGAUAUGA